GGGGGGGGGCUAUGACUAUGAGAGCAAACCAAUUGAAAAAGCAAAAAUAAAAAUCCCCCCAUUCUGCGGCUAUCACCAUGACAAUGCAAUCCCACAUAGAAAGAAUCCUUUGGAACCAAGACCAAAUCUCUCUCCGAGUCUCCCAACUCGCCGCUCAAAUCGUUCAUGAUUUUCCUGCUUCUUCACCUCCUCCCGUCUUCGUCGGCGUUAUCACUGGCGCAUUCAUCUUCCUCGCUGACCUUGUUCGCAAAAUUGACCUCCCUAUCACCAUUGAUCUUAUCAGAGCUCAAUCCUACGGUUCUGGUACUGUCUCCAAUUGCGCACCCACCGUUUCUUCUGACUUGAAGGUUGAUGUCAAUGGCCGCCACGUCAUCUUGGUUGAAGACAUUGUUGACACAGGACAUACUUUAUCUAGAGUCAUUGGUCACUUAAAAUCGAAGGGAGCAUCCUCUGUGUCCGUAUGCACUCUACUUGACAAACCAACAAGGAGAAAAGUUAAUGUGGAACUGGUGGGUGAAGGGAAAUUCUACCGAGGAUUUGAGUGUCCAGACUAUUUUGUAGUUGGUUAUGGAAUGGAUUUUGCUGAACUCUACAGAAAUUUGCCUUACAUUGGUGUCUUGAAGCCCGAACAUUACAGUUGAUGCCACGUUGGAAUCACAAAGCAUUCACGGAAUGAAGCAAUAGUAGCUACAGAAACUAGAAAAAAUAGAAUAAGAUGGAUUUGCUGUGCCUUUUCAUGGCUGUCAUGAAAUCAUAAGUUGUGAUUUGGAUAUUAUUUUACAAUUAUAUUUAUUUGAGCAACGGAAUAGUGUGUGACUUGGACUAACGAAUGAAAGUAUUAUUUUACAUAAGAAAUGGUGCACAUGCUGAUAUAGGCAAGGAAAAUUUUGAUUAA